GGUUAUAGGUAACCAGAUCACGACUACAACUAAGUUACUAAGUCUUUGACAACACUGUGUUGUUGUUACGUUGUUGAUUUAAUAAAAAACUCAUACUUCUCACAAUUGACUCACACAUAAACAGUUCAGCACCAUGGACAGCAGCACCCUGCUCAGGCAUUGGGGAAAUUAAUUAUUUUAGGGAAACAAAUAGCAGAAAGAUACCAGUUUAAAAAGGACAAACCAUAGCUUCCAAAAACAAUAGUGGAUCAUCAGGCUCUCCUCUAUGUCUAAGAACCAUAAACAAAGACAUUUAUUCGAUUUAUAUUUGUAUUUACUUGCUGUUUGGGGGUUUUAGGCUGGGUUUCUGUACAGCACUUUGAGAUAUCAGCUGAUGUAAGAAGGGCUAUUUAUAAUAAAUGUGAUUUAUAUUUUUAUUUAUCUACAAGUCUAUGUAUGAUCCAGUCUGAUGGUCGUGGUAGCUCGUGUUGUGUGCAUUUUGCUUAUCACAUGCCACCUAGAGAAGUUCCAGUCUUCUUCUCUUUCCUCUACCAAGGACUGUCGGUUCUGACGACUCCCUCCCUCCGCUAAUCCUCUUACCGACGAGCAAGGCGGCCAAGAUGGAUAUUGUGAAUCAGUUGGUUGCGGGCGGACAGUUCAGAGUCCUCAAAGUUCCCCUGGGCUUUAUCAAAGCUCUAGAAUGGAUCUUUGCCAUCUUCGCAUUCUCAACAUGUGGGAGUUACUCCGGGAUGUUCAAGAUGAGUGUGGAAUGUAAAAACAGGACCGAGAGCGACCUGAGUAUAGAGGUGGAAUUCGAGUAUCCUUUCAGGCUUCACCAAGAAUACUUUGACGCCCCGACCUGCAAGGGGGGCCCCCCCGAGCGUCUCUUCCUGGUUGGUGACUACUCUUCCUCGGCAGAGUUCUUCGUCACCAUCGGUGUGUUUGCCUUCCUCUACUCCAUGGCUGCCCUCAGCGUCUACGUCUUCGCCCUGGAGAAGUACCGGGAGAACAACAAGGGACCACUCAUCGAUUUUGGCGUGACGUGUGUGUUCACCUUCAUGUGGUUGGUCAGCUCUGCUGCGUGGGCCAAAGGCCUGUCGGAUGUCAAGGCGUCCACGGACCCUGAGAAGGUGGUGGAUCUGAUCUCAGCCUGCGAUGAGGAAGGGAACCUCUGUCGUGAGGUUCACGACCCCGUCAUGUCUGGGCUCAACACCUCCGUCUGUUUUGGCUUCAUGAACCUGGUCUUGUGGGGAGGAAACCUGUGGUUCGUCUUUAAGGAGACGGGCAUCAUCGCCCCCUUCAUGCGCGCCCCUCCUCCCCAGGAGAAGCAGCCCGCCCCAGACUCGUACGGCCAGCAGGCGGGGUACGAGCAGGACCCUUACGCCAGUUCCCAGGGGGACUUACAGCCAGAAUACAACCAGCACCAACAGCAGGGCUACAACCAGGAGGGCGGAGAGUAUGGACACACGCCCACCUCCUUCGCCAAUCAGAUGUGAGGGGGAGGAGGAAAGAGGAAGUGUGGAGGCGGCUGGCGGCUGAGAGUCAGCAGAGUGACGGGGGAGUGUGGUGCCUGGAAACUACAGUACCCACAAUGCCACACUCCUUCCUGUGUGUCUGUUUGCGCAUCUAUCCUGUGUGCUGAGUAAAUGGGGGAUGGGAGGAGAGUUACCUAAACAUAAAGAAGGAAGGGAACAGGGAAGAGGAGAGUUACCUAAACAUAAAGAAGGAAGAGAACAGGGAAGAGGAGAGUUACCUAAACAUAAAGAAGGAAGGGAACAGGGAAGAGUUACCUAAACAUAAAGAAGGAAGGGAACAGGGAAG